AUAAUCCCCCAUCCUCCAGAUGCCUAUAGGGAGACCCGUAAAUACAACGCCUCUGAGAGGGCAGCCCUCCCCACCACCCCGGGGGCUUUGGAGCACUUCCACAUGCGGCUCUUCCGUGCCCAACGCAACCUCUACCUGGCCGGCUUUGCGCUGCUGCUCUCCUUCCUGCUGAGGCGUUUGGUCACCCUGAUCUCGCAGCAAGCGUUGCUGGGGGCCUCCAGCCAAGCAUUCCGCAAGCAGGCGGAGGGGGCGAGCCAGGCAGCACGGCGUUACAUGGAGGACAACGAGGCGUUGCGCAAGCAACUGCAAGAGGCAGGAGACGACUCGACCCCCCCCAGCAGGGCUGAGAAUGAGAACCUGAAGGCGAAAGUGGAGAAACUGAAGGAGGAGCUGGCAGCCAGCAAGCGCACUCUGGAGAAGGCGGAGAAUGAAGUGCAGGCCAUGCGGCGGCAGGCAGAGGGGCUGACGCGGGAGUACGACCGGCUGCUGGAGCAGCACGCGCGGCUGCAGGUACUGGGAGGGACUGGAAGCACUGGGAGAGGGACGAGGGUGGCAGCGGGAUGGAUUGGGGGUGCUGGGUGCGGGAUUGGGGUCGCAGGGUGUGAUAGGAAAGGGUCUGAGCGCACCGAGAGACAGCAGAAUAAACGGCAUCCAAGUUACUGGGGGAGGGACUGGGAG